AUGCUACUGAGCUGCUUCGCACGAGUCUCGAGAUUGUAUUACCCGACUCUCUCGCUCGUUUCCAAGAGAUUUCGUACUCUGCUUGCUUCACCGGAGCUUUACCAUACUCGCUCCCAUAUAGACCGCACGGAGAGCUGUCUCUAUGUGUGCUUAACGCUCCCUCCUGACCCUAACCCUCGCUGGUUUACACUCUGCCUGAGACCUAAUAAAACCCUAAAGAGAAAGAAGAAGAAGCAUCAGAGGAAGAAGAAGAAGAAGAAGCUAAGUAGCACACUUUUGGUUCCCAUCACAUCUCCCCAUUCAGCUCCUUUUCGGCCUAGUUUCGUCGCUGUUGGUUCUGAGAUAUACGAAAUUGGAGGACGCAUCAAUGGCGUGCCUUGCUCUACCGUCUCCGUCUUUGAUUGCAUAUCUCACUCGUGGCACCAAGCUCCAAGCCUGAAGGCCUCCAGGAAACACCCUUUCACCAAGGCCAUCGAUGGAAAGAUAUAUGUUAAAGGACGCCGUAGUCACGAAGAUCAGAUAACUUGGCAGAUGUUUUCGAUCCAAAAACCCAAACUUGGACAUUUAAAUCUCAAGAAUGGAACCCACAGGAUGAUUUUGAUGGACUAG